AACUUAAAAAAAGAAUGCUGCCAGUAGCAAUGGAGGGAAAAAAAUGAUUACAUUAGGGAUAAGUUUUGAAGGUAGGACAAGCAAAUUUUGUUACUGGAUUGGAUGUGGACAUGAAAAAAUUGUUUCCUAAGUUUCUAACAUGAGCAACUAAGAUGAAUGUGGGCCAACUAUCAAGUCAAGGAACAUUAUCAUAGGGUAAAAAAAUCAGGGAGAUUAAUCAAAAGUGUGGUUUGGGGCCUGCUGAGUUUGAAGUGCCUAGCAACGGACCUUGUAAAGAUACCACCACUAGAAGGAAAUAAACAGGGUCAUGUGAUGGAGAAUUAUGGGGAGGAAUUGAGAGAAAUUGUCUCUUUUUCUUCCAGAAUCUGACCUACUUCCUAUGUUGAAGGAAUUCUACAUCAUAUGUUGGCAGGAAACAAAGAUUUUCUCCUGCCAUAGAAACAGGAAGUUCAGACAAGACUCACCUUCCUAGCUUCCCUUGCAGCCCAGGCAUGCCAUGUAAUACAGGUUCAGGCAAUUAAACACAGCCACCUUGGACCCUGGGAACUAAGGAGGCAAAAAAGCAGGUACUAUAGAGAACUAAUUCAGUUGCUGGCCACAGUAUCGGAGACAUUUCUAGGGACAACCUACUGGCAGUUGAGAGUUCUGCAAGGGUAGCCAUGUUGUCCUCAAGAGUCACUGUGUAUCUGUAUUUUGGACUGUGAUUUUGACUGUGAUGCCAUCUUUUUCCUUUUCUGUGAUUUGCACUGAAAAUUCUGAGUGGUGAGACAGAGUGGGCCUUAGAAAUGGUGCUAAAGAAAGAUCCCCUUGAGGAUGGUGAUCUUUAAACUGGGCUCUGAAGAUUGAAAAGGAGCCAGCAAUGGGAAGGACAUAGAAAGGAGUAUGCCAUACAGAAGGAAGAACAAAUCUAAAGCUUUGAGGUGGGAAAGAGUUUCACAUGUCCUCAGAGCUGGAAGAAAGCUGGUGUUGCUGGAGGGUAAGAAGCAACAGUGAGAGGGGGCUUGAUAAGGCUGGUUUUGUUAAGGAGCCAGGAUUCCAAGCUACCUCUGCCUAGUUUCAAAGCACAGACUCCAUCCAAUCCCUCCCUGUGGCCUUUCCCCUCCCCCACUUUUGGAACUCACCUGCACUGUUGCCACUGUCGUCAUGGUGAUGACUGCUCUGUUUCACUCACUCUUCAGGCCAGGAAGGAGUUGCGUGUUCAUUGGGGUAGGGUCGCUGUUCCUCCUCUAGAUAAUCUUGGGCCAGGCCAGGACACUAAGCAGGGACCAUGCCCCCAGUUGAGCAUAGCCCGGACGUGCGUGUUGGCCCUCCAGCAUGGCGCGAGGCUGCCAAAGCCAUUAUACAGAAGGCACACCAGCUGAACGAUCGCUGCGGACAGGAGGCAGUGACCAUGUGGCAACCCAAGGACAGCGUGCAGGACCCUCACAUGGCGCGCCACCUCUGCCGGGCAGCCUACAUUCUGCCCUGGCGCUUCCGCGUGGAAAUGCUCAAAGGUGGUGGCACCAUGGAGCAGCCACCGCCAGGCGAGGGCGUUACUUUGUGGAAGAACAAGAUGAAGCCCCCUGCCUGGCACGCCCGCCUACCACUGCCCAUGCACCGCGACGCGCGAGCCCUACAGACGGCAGAGGUGGUGCACGCGCACGCUCGGGGGGCGCGCCUCACCGCAGCCCGCCUCGGCCGUGCGCAGCAGCAGAUCAAUGGGCAGAUGCGGCUGCUGCAGCGUCAGCGAGAGGCUACCGACCACAGGCUCAGCGAAGUGCGCAAGGGACUGCUUAUUAAUCAGCAGAGCGUCAAACUGCGGGGCUACCGGCCCAAGUCUGAGAAGAUCCCUGACAAAGCUGACACUAUGCUUACCUGGGAAAAAGAGGAGCUAAAGAGUAUGAAGAGGAAGAUGGAGAAAGAUAUGGAAAAAUCAGAGGCCCUGCUCAAGACCCUGGCCUCCUGCCGUGAAACUCUGAUCUUCUGCUGUGAGGAGAGGCUCCAAGCUGUGGAGUUAAUGAACCAGCCACUGGACAAGGUUCUAGAGCAGGCCUGCCGCCACUCUUGGGUGAACCUCUCCAGAGUUCCCACCCCUCGCACUCAGGGCUUGAAAACUCCACCUCCAGACCCUGUGGGCACCUAUACUCCAGAGUGCGCCACUGCACUGUAUGAAGCCAAGCAACUGCUGAUGGAGUCCAAGGACACUUUGCUAGAUAUGGCAAAGAACGAGGAGGACAUCCGGGAACAACAACAGCAGAUAAGCGAUCGCGUGUGCGCCUCGAUAGCACAAAAAAUGCGUGAGACUUUGGAGCUGAAGGAUAAAAUGAACAUGACCUUAGGACUAAUGAGGAGAACUAUCCACCGGUGCACGAAAUUCAACCAGGAGAUGUACAUCACCCACGGCCUCACCAAGGGUCCUCUGUCUAAAACUCACCUGGAGACUCGAGAGAAACUGGACAGACCUCUGGUUCGUGUAUACCAGAGACACGUGGGCACCCAACUCCCAGAAGCCACGCGCCUUGCCCAGGGCACUGACAAGCUGCAGCGCCACAUCUCCCUUGCGGAAAAGAAUCUGAAGGAGCUCCUCGCUGCGCGCAAGAACCUCACCUGGAGCCUGAACUGCAAGAAGAUUGGGCAUGAAGUGGACGACAACGUGGUGCGCCUGCGCCUCCGCCAACGGCACCCACAAGUGUGCUACGAGCAAGCGCAACGCCUAGUCAGCGACUGGGACCCACGCACGCCGCCGCGCUGGGAGUCCAGCGCCGCAGCCAAGUGACAGGAGCACCCCUGCCCCUAGCGGGCCACAGCCCAGUGGCCCUCUCUAUCUCCUGAUCCACUCUCCUUUGAGCGCCCUCUAGCAGAAUUAUAACUAAAAAUAACAAUAAUUACCAUUUAUUAGGCAUCGACUGUGUAUCACUUAUCAUAAAACACCUUAUAGGCAGUGUAUCUUGGAAGUUAAUAGUAUGGGUUUAGCCACCAUAUUUCUGGGGUUCAAAUACUGGCUCCCUAAUUUAAAAUUGUGUGGCUUUAGGCAAGUCACUGUUCCUCUCUGACCUCAGUGUCUCCAACCUUUAAACUGUAGAAUUACAGCAUUCACCUCAAAGCCUUGUCAUAAGAAUAGAUGAGUUAUACAUUAAAGGCCUGUAGAAUGGUGGCUGCAUAUAAAAUAUCCUCAACUGCAGGUGAAUUGUUAUUGCCACUUUACAGUUAAGGAAAGUACAUGAGGUUAAGCAGAUGCCCAAGGUUGUGCAGCCAGUAAGCAGAAGAGCUAGGAUUUUAAUACCUGACUUGAGCCCUAGCUCUAAGCUGAACUUGGAUUCUGCAUUUAUUGACGAAACACACGCAGGGAUACAGCUUCCUCUAGAGCUCUUUCUAAUGGAGGCUGUUUAUUUUCCCAAACCCCAAGUGGGCAGGGGGAGUUGUGCCCUCCCCUCCUCCCAUUGCCCUUUCCUCCAUUUACCUGGGGGAAGGGAUACUGCUCCUUCAAAAUUCACAGCCUCCUUCAUUCAUUUAUUAAGCUCCUAUAAAGUGCCAGGUUCUGAGCCAGGCUCUGAGAGUGCAGCAGUGAGCAAGGUUCACAUGGUCCCUGAUCUCAGGAAGCUCAUAAGUUGAUCAAGAACAGCUCUACUGUGGCCUCCUACAGGAAGCUCACCUGACUAAAGCCCACCAGACAUUUAGGCAUAGAUCGGUUUCUCCUCCCUGUUCUCUUGGACACCCUCCCAUCACAGAAUUCCUCACAGCAAGCUGUGAUAAUCAUCUUCUCUCAUAGGAAGAUUCCAGGGUGUGAUAUACAUAGAAUAAGAGGUGUCUAUUCAAGCCACAAAUAUUUCCCAAGCAACUGCUUCGUGCAAGAGUCUGUGUUAGGUGCUGGGGAUAUGUUGAGGAAUAAAACACGCAAGAUCAUGAAACUGACCAUGCACAUGCAAAGAAUUUCCCUCGCAAAUAUCUUUCUGGCAAAGUCACUGGACACAACCUAGCCCAGCCAACAUUUUACAGAGAAGGAAAUAAAGUUCAGGAAGGUAAAGUAUAUUAGCCCAGAGUCAUAGAGCCAGCAAGGGAUGAAGAAGGAUUUGAAUCUGGAUCUGAAUCCAUGUUCUCUCUUUUGCUCCACACCACAAGCAUCCAUGGGCUCACCAUUACAACUGAGUGGAGAUGGAGAAGAUUAUGCUCAUUGGGCAGGGAAAUACAUGGGGGCAGGGCGGGGGGUGCUGCAUGCCUAGGAUCGCAUUGCUGAGGAAUAUGUCUAGGAGUUGAAACCAGCAAUAUCUGACUCAGAGCCAUUGGACACCAGCACCAGCUCCCUUAUCUGAAGAAGGACUUAGCCUAGGGAUCAUCAGGGGCUCACUGUGGUUCUAAUUUCCCCAGGAAUGUUCUUCAAGGCACUUCCUCCUUGCACUUAUCCAACAGGAAGCAGAUAGCACACCCAAUUUGAAGAAAUUUUAACAAAGAAAUGACAGCUGAUGCCCAUUAUUUUUUUUACAGACAGCCUAUUUUAUUUUAUUUAUUUUUUUAUAAUUUUUUUAUUUUCCCACU